CUCCGGAGAAUUGUUGAUCAACACCACCACCACCACCAACACCCUCCACGAAAUUGCUGCCCAAAACAACCACCAUAUCAAAACCCAGACCAGAAAUGCCAUAACAGGAUUCUUCAGCAACCCGAAACUCACAACCUCCACGCUCUCCGACGGCUUAACCUCCGCAACACAACCAUGGCGCACCCAACAACAACAACCCAGAUCCCCCAACAUGUAACCUCUCUCCUCUCGCACCUCACCUCCCGCCCCGGCGUCCAAUCCACUUUCAUUCUCUCCCGCAAAGACGGCUCCAUCAUCCAAAGCACCGGUCUCUACGCCUCCAAACCGCCCCGUGCCAGCCCCCAACCCACCGCCUCCGCGGACGACAACUCCGUCGAACCCCCCUCCUCCCCCGAACCCCCCAAGAAACAAAACGAACCGUAUCACCCGUCGCAAGCGGAAGCCCUUGCCGCACGUAUCUUUGCGUUCGUGUCUAGCGCGUCGGAGCUGAGUUUGUCGCUGGCGAGCGCGGAGGACGGGGAAGCGCCGAGACAGGAUGGGAUUACAGGAGAGGCGGACGGAGUGUCAGAUAGGGAUGAGGGAGAUGAUGAAGUCAAGCUGCUGAGGUUAAGAACGAAGAGACAUGAAAUUGUGGUGGUACCGGAUCGGAAGUAUUUGCUUUGUGUGGUGCAUGAUGCGGCGCAUGGGGUGGGGGGAAGUGGUGGUGGUGGAGGGAGGGGGCGAUGA